AACAAUAGUCAAAUCUUUUUUACAUAAUGUUUAUAUUUACGUUGAAUUAGUUAAUUUGAUCAUAUUGUGAGUCUAGACAAAUCCAUUAAAAAUCCAUUCACUAACAGCAUGGCAUAUGAUGUGUAUACAGACCUGUUUAGCUGUCUCUGAGUCUCAAACUGAGCCACACUAUAUCUUACCCCGUACGCUUCAGUAAUUCUCCCUCUUGCCCUCGCUUUUGUCAAAUCUUAAGCACAGCUUGGCCUGUGCAGAACAAAGACACUGAAGAUCAUCUCAAGGCCUAUUUAGAAGUUUCAAGGAUCAUUCGCAGGGGAACCGAAUUUAAGAGUGACACAGUUUGUCAUGAACAGACGAACAGAUGAUGCAGCACAUUGUGCCCUUUCCUCUGUUAUCAACACUGUUGUGCACUGACGUAGUUGUUAGAAUGUGAUAAUUUGUAGAUGCAUUCUGGGAAAGUCUCAGUGAAACACACUGAGCAGGACAAAUACAGCCUCUGAGCUGUGUUACAUGUUUCCCAGUGGAGCUCCCUCCCCCAGCCUCAUGCUGAACAAUGUAAAAUCUCUGUCCACCUCUCAAACUGAACACAGCACAAAGUUGUCCAGUAAGCUGCUGAUGUAGCAGUGGCAUGCACACGGUAGUUACUUUUGGACACACAUAAAUAUUAUUGUGCUUCACCUCAAACAGAAUGCAAAAAGUGGCUCAUAUUACCCGUCCUCCCCUACUGCAGACUGAGUAAACUGAGUUGAACCAUUGGGAUGAACCCGUUGAACCCAAACAGAAAGCAUUACAUACUCCACAACACUAAGUGGCAGUGUGGCUGCGUUUGUGCGUGUACAGAAAAGCAGUGAAGAGCUGUGCUGUUCAGUCAGCGGCAAACCUUAGAUUGCACAGGCUGACUCUAACAUGCAACGAUGCCUUCUCCGAACCCUGUGAGUCGCCUGCUCCCUAAAGACCUCUACCCAUCUCUGGACAUUGGGACCUGCAGCAGCCCGCUGACCAGACACUCGCACGGCUCCACCUUACAGGUCCCCGUCCAGCGACUGCACGGCAGAGUGGCCAGCCGGCUCUGGUCGUCUGUGAUCCUUUGGAAGGAGCUGCGGUCCAUGCAGCCUGUGGGCUCCGGGGGAUUCGGCUCUGUCUACAAGGUGGAGUACCUCGGGGAGACCGUGGCGCUGAAGAAAGUCAAGAAAUGCACAAAGAACAAGUUGGCCUCCCGACAGAGCUUCUGGGCCGAGCUGAACGCAGCACACCUGCGCCACAGAAACGUCGUGCGCGUCAUCGCGGCUACCACCUGCGUGCCGGCGGAUUUUGAAGAUGAGAGCAGCAUCGGAACCAUCCUGAUGGAGUUUGUUGGGAGCAGAAAUCUGCAACAGAUCAUCUACGGCUGUGCAGAGCUGGGGGAGGACCGCUGGCUCAGGUACUCCACAGACAUCGCGCACGGCCUGCGGUUCCUACACUCUCACAGCAUCGUGCAUCUCGACAUAAAACCAGCCAACGUGCUGGUGUCCAGUGAAGACGUCUGCAAAAUAGUUGAUUUCGGCUGCUCUCUCAAAGUAGACCGUCGCUGUGAGACGAGCACCAUCACCCCCCUCCUCAGCCACAUGGGCGGCACGUACACGCACAGGGCCCCUGAGCUGCUGAAGGGCGAGGAGGUGUCUCCUAAGGCGGACAUCUUCUCCUUCGGGAUCACCCUGUGGCAGCUGAUCACCAGAGAGCAGCCCUACACCGGCGACCGGCAGCACGUGGUCUAUGCGGUGGUGGCGUACAAUCUGCGACCGCCAGUCCAGGACCAGCCGGUGUUCCGCUCGGAGCAGGGGCGGCUGUGCAGGACUCUGUUGAGCCUGUGUUGGAGCGCAGAGGUCAGAUGCAGGCCCACUGCUCAGGAGCUGCUGCCGUACCUGGAGCAGGUGCGCUCCCACAUAUGACUCUGUUUUUACCACUGAUGGACAUGCACCGGCCGCUGAAUGUGUGUGUGUGGGACGUUUUAGUCGCUUUUCAGGACCAAGCAGUGGACCUGCCUUCACGCCGAAUCCCAUUGAAAAGGUGUAGCAUUAUUGUUCAUCUGCCAAAAUGGCGAGUUUGCCUCAGUAAAUAUUGUUAGAUAACAUGCACAACACGUCUUACCCGCCACUGAUUUUAGCGGAGAUUGUUCUCCCCCCCCCCCCCCAUUCAUGUUUGGUUGCAACUGUAAAAUGUAUUCGUUUGCUGAGUAGUAUGAGCUCAGUUUAAGUAGCCCAAUGACACAGCACAGUGGAGUCUGAUGGUGUAAAAAACCUCAUUCUCAUCUUAAGUAUUUAGAUUAAAAACAACUGCUGCACUUUGUUCUUAUGGGUUUAGUGUGUUGAGAGAAGGCAGCUCUCUCCUGUACUAUGACGAAAACAAAUGCGACUUCAGCCCAUUGGUUCAUUAAAUGGUCAAACUAUAUUUUAUAUUGAGCGGUUAUACCGUUUGCCAUCACUACAUACCACUAACUGUAUAAAAGGUGUUGGUGUUAGUUACUGUGAAAGUUCCGACUUUGUUUUAUUUCUUUGUUUAUUUCUUAAGUUAUGAAUCAGAUUUAAAUUGAGUUUUAUUUGCCACCAUGAAUGUACUGAGAUUUAAGUGUGAUGGGUUUUCAUUAAAAUUAUUUUAUACUAUA